GGACCAAGGAGAUUGGAAUAUGGAGGAGAAGACUCUGGUUGGUCUGGUUGGUCUUGUUGGUCAGAGGAGUUGGUCUCUCAAUAGGGAGAAGGCGAAGAGAGAAGGUUAAAAAAGACUUUCUCUUUAGGGUUACUCACUUUUUCCUGUCUGUGACUAGAAAUCUUUUCCCCAAACAUUUCCCAAUUGAAAAGAAUAUUGAAGAGGAAACCUGAGAAAGACAUUUUAAAUCUCUGUAUGACUUUACUUCAGCUCCUGUUCUACUGAGUCUGAACUGCAGCCAAGGGGCCAAACCCAGGAUUUAGGAGCAUGGAACAUCAGGGCAUUCUUUGACAGAGAGAAUACCCCAAGACCUGAGAGAAGAACAGCUCUAAUCGGUAAAGAACUGGCACGAUAUAACAUCGACAUCGCAGCCUUAAGCGAAACACGCUUACCAGAAGAGGGAUCACUCAGCAAACCCACCACUGGAUACACCUUCUUCUGGAAAGGUAGAGCCUCAAAUGAAGACAGAAUCCACGGUGUUGGCCUGGCCAUCAAGACCAGUUUGCUCAAACAGCUGCCAGACUUGCCUGUGGGCUACAGCGAGAGGCUCAUGAACAUCCGUUUGCCUCUCAGCAAAGACUGGUAUGCCACAAUCAUCAGCACAUAUGCCCUACACUGACCAGCACAGAGGAGACCAUCGAGAAGUUCUACUCUGACCUGAGUGCCAUCCUGCACUCAGUGCCCAAAAAUGACAAGCUGAUACUACUGAGAGACUUCAACGCCCGCGUUGGACAGGACCAUGAAAGAUGGAAAGGAGUGCUCGGCAAACACGGCAUGGGCAAAAUGAACAACAACGGCCUACUGCUACUCAGCAAAUGCUCAGAGUUCGAACUCACCAUCACGAACAUUGUGUUCAGAAUGGCGAACAAAUAUAAAACAAUGUGGAUGCACCCAAGAUCAAAACAGUGGCAUCUCAUUGACUACAUCAUUGUACACCGGUGAGACAUCCAGGAUGUAAAGAUCACCAGAGCCAUGAGAGGAGCUGAAUGCUGGACAGACCACAGAUUGGUUAGAGCGACUCUUCAAAUGCGCAUUGGGCCUUGCCAUCCAAAAUGCGCCCAGACAGUUUGCGCAUUUUACGUCUUAGAGAUCCAUCUUAUUUGCAAACAUUCCAGUCCUGCCUGGACCACAAGCUGUCUGCCAUGGGACCACUCACUGGAAGCUCAACCGAGAAAUGGAACCAGUUCAGAGAUGCAGUGAAGGAAACAUCAAAGACAGUCCUAGGCCCAAAACAAAGCAACUACCAGGACUGGUUCGACAAGAACAGCACUGCUAUUGAAGACCUAUUGAGUAAGAACAAAGCCUUUAUGGAGUGGCAAAAUAACCCAAACUCUGCUCCUAAAAAGGACAGAUUCAAGCCUCUCCAAGCCACAGUGUGAGGUCAGGAAGAGGCAAGACCGAUGGUGGGGAAAAAAAAGCAGAAGAAAUCCAGCGGUUUGCUGAUAUGAAAAACUACAAACAAUUUUUCAGUGCCCUCAAGACUGUCUAUGGGCCAUUAAAACCCACCACCACUCCCUUGCUAUCCUCUGACGGUGACACUCUCAUAAAAGAUAAAAAAGGCAUCAGCAACAGGUGGAAAGGACACUUCAGUCAGCUUCUCAACUGACCCUCUUCAGUCUACCCAAGCACCCUUGACCAGAUCCCCCAAAACCUCACCAUUGAACAACUUGGCGUCCCUCCUUCAAUAGAGGAAGUCCAAAAAGCCAUUAAACAAAUGAGUACAGGCAAGGCACCCAGUAAAGAUGGGAUCCCAACCGAGGUGUACAAGGCCUUAAAUGGAAAAAAGCUCCAGGCAUUCCAAGUAGUGCUGACCAGCAUAUGGGAAGAGGAAGACAUGCCCCUAGAACUCAGAGAUGCCUCCAUCAUAGCCCUAUACAAGAACAAAGGCUCACGAGCAGCCUGUGACAACUACAAAGGCAUCUCACUACCCUCCACUGCCUGAAAGAUCCUCGCCCGUGUUAUACUCAACAGACUCCUGUCAUCUGUUUCAGAGCAGAACCUGCCUGAAUCACAAUGUGGCUUCUGACCAGAUCGCAGCACCAUCGACAUGGUCUUCAUGGUGAGGCAAAUGCAGGAAAAAUGCCUUGAGCAGAACCUGAGUCUCUACAUUUUCUUCAUAGAUCUGACAAAGGCGUUCGACACAGUGAAUAGGGAUGCAUUGUGGGUGAUCCUCAGCAAGCUUGGUUGCCCAGCAAAAUUUGUCAAACUGAUCCAGCUCUUUCAUGUCGACAUGAUAGGGGAAGUCCUAUCUGGUGGAGAGACUUCUGAUCGCUUCAACAUCUCCAAUGGCAUGAAACAAGGCUGUGUCCUCACUCUGGUACUAUUCAAUCUAUACUUCACCCAAGUAUUACGAUAUGCUGUGAUGGAUCUAGACCUGGGCGUCUACAUCAAAUACCGACUGGAUGGCUCACUAUUUGACCUUCGCCGCCUGACUGCAAAAACAAAGACAAUAGAGAGACUCAUCCUGGAAGCUCUCUUUGCAGAUGACUGUGCUCUCAUGGCCCACCAAGAAAAUCAUCUCCAAACCAUUGUGGACAGGUUCUCCACUGCAACAAAACUGUUUGGCCUGUGACUAUCAGCCUCAGCAAAACAGAGGUGCUGUUCCAACCUGCACCAGGGAGGCCAACGAACCAGCCGUGCAUUACAAUCAAUGGCAUGCAGCUUUCUAAUGUCAACACUUUCAAGUACCUGGGCAGCACCAUCGCCAACGACGGGUCCCUAGACCACGAGAUCAAUGCCAGGAUCCAAAAGGCCAGCCAGGCACUUGGGCGGCUGCACUGCAAAGUCCUCCAACACAGUGGUGUAAGCACUGCGACGAAGCUCAAAGUGUACAACGCAGUGGUCCUCAGCUCGCUCCUGUACGGUUGUGAGACAUGGACACUGUACCGGAAGCACAUGAAACAGCUGGAGCAAUUCCACCAACGCUCCCUCCAGUCAAUCAUGAGGAUCCGAUGGCAGGACCGAAUCACCAACCAGGAAGUCCUCGACAGAGCCAACUCCAGCAGCAUCGAAGUCCUGGUCCUCAAAACCCAGCUACGAUGGUCUGGACACGUCAUCCGCAUGGACCCACAGCGAAUACCAAGACAGGUAUUCUAUGGUGAACUGUCAGCUGGACUCAGGAAACAAGGCCGACCAAAGAGAAGAUUCAAGGAUCAGCUAAAGUCCAACUUGAAGUGGGCUGGCAUGACACCAAAGCAACUAGAACUCGCUGCCUCUGACAGAAGCAGCUGGCGAACCCACAUUCAUCAUGCCGCCUCCACCUUUGAAGAUGAGCGACGUCGACGUCUUGCCACUGCGCGUGAACGCCGACACCAGGCCACAACCGCACCUCCCCUAACAAUGGGCGUCCCAGGCCCCAUGUGCCACAAACUGUGCGCCUCAGCCUUUGGACUCCAAAGCCACAUGAGGCAAGAAGAGGGGCUGCAGGAGAAUCAGAGAUAUAGCAGAAACGAAGAUUUAAGAUUGAGAAGAAUAAAAGAGGAGUCUCAAAACAAUGAAGAGCAAUCCCAAGGGAGAAGAGGUAAAUACCUUCAACAGAAAGUGGUGACCUCAUGAAAUAUUUACUCAGGGGGAGUUGAUUAAUUAGGAAAUCACUUUUUUUUAAGAAUAUUGUCAUUGUAUGAGCAUGAUAAUCCAAGGGAAAGUCUAUAUACACAUUUCUAGGAUCAUUCAUGUCCAGAAAGACAGAGAGGGUUAAUAAGAUAAUAAGAGGAGAUUUUCAUGUUACUGUUUCAGAACUAAACAAAUCAAAAGAAAGUCAAAAGGGAAAAUAUACAAUUGAACAGAAUUUAGAAUUCAAAUAUUUAGGGCACUUU